AGUCAGCCUUUUCAGGAAUAUUAUAACCAAUAGCUUCCUUCAGUUUUCUAUGCUAGUAGUAGUUGGAAAAAUGUCACCAAAAGCUCAUUUUGCAGGCCCCAACAAACUUGAUAAUCUAUACAUAUUCAAGAAACCAGAGAAAAACCACAGCGUUGACAGAAAAAAAUACACACACACACACAGAGAUGAAGAAACAAGGUGGAACAGAGAAGAAGAAUAAGGAGCAAGCUGCGAAAAAGGAUGCCUUCCAUCUAUUUGCUGAGAAAGUUAGAGAUCAUAAGGACUUUGUGUCUCGUUGGGCUGUCCUACAGGAAAUACAAGUAGAGUACUUCAGAGGAAAAGAUUUUGUUAGUUUUAUGAGAAAUCAUUCAGAACUGAAAGACAUAAUCGAGUCGGACAGAAGUUUGGAACCUGAAGAAAUUGCCAACAUUUUGCUUAAGAAGACCCUUAUAGUCCAGUGUGAUCGUGUGGUAAAAACUGUGCAGCCUGGCAAGAAGAAAUUGUCUACUUUUCCAGCACAUUUAGAUAUUUACAAUUAUCAAGUAUUUUCUGAUAACGACGCCUUUUUCGUGUGGGCAUUUGUCAAAAGAAGGCCCCUGUGGCAAACAGUUCUCCCAUUCUUCUGGUCAUUUUUUAUAUUAGCAGUCUGCUUCUUUCCUGCGUAUCCCAAUCAGGUCAAACAGCUUAUACUCUGCCCAGUCGCUGGUGUCCUCCUCCUUAUACUGUUUAUAGCCAUGGUCUUUGGUGCUCUUUGGAUUCUUCUUGGAAGUCGUGUCUGGUUUUUCCCCAACAUUCUUGCUGAGGAGGCAACAAUCAAAGAACUGUUCCAGUUUUGGCCUCAGAAAGAUGAGGCCGAGCGACCUAAGUGGACGCAAGGCUCUGCUAUGCAAUUGUAGGUUUCGUUGUUAUUUCACUCCUGAGGCAUCAUGCUCUUGAAUCCUGAUGAGGCUGCAACAGGCAGGAAUGGGUUAUUUCCUGAUCAAAUUUUGGACAACCUUCACCUGAUUAGCUAUAGCUUAUGGGAUUGAGAAGCCCGAGGUCCAUGUUUUCUAACAGUUAACUUUGAUCCGAGGAGUCAUAUCGUGAUCUUAACCAAACAAGAAUUUAUGACUAGGAAAAUCAAUGAAGGACAACGAAAAAGACUAUAACAUCAACUUAUCUAUCUUGACGAUUUUAUACACCAAUAUAUAGACAGCUAAAUUUGCAAAUGGCGAAGAACUUAUUUUUGUAAUUUUAGAAUCUAUCUGGUCAACCAGGCAUUUCUGAUGGAAUCAAUUGUUUAUUGUGUCA